UUGGGACAGCCUCUCACACACCAUCUCUAUAGCCUCACCAACUGGGAAACUAACUCACCUGCAAUCUCUACAACCAAAAAUAAAAUAAAACAAUAAAAAAGAAGAAGAAUUUAAAAGAAAUAACUCCCACCACGUUGACUACUGCCAUCUGACAUGGAAACCCAGCAAAGAUACGGAACCCGCUCCUUUUGCCACACCUGCCGGAGGACGGAGAGCAGCAGAAUGAAGGCCAGGAGGAUGUCUGCGACCAGUCGUGCGCUCCUCUGCGCGCUGGCCCUCACGUUUUACGUUGUGGAAGUGACCUCGGCGGAGACGCUGUGUGGGGGAGAGCUGGUGGAUGCGCUGCAGUUCGUCUGUGACGACAGAGGCUUCUAUUUCAGUAGGCCAACCACCAGGGGUAACAACCGACGCUCCCAGAACCGUGGGAUCGUAGAGGAGUGUUGUUUCCGUAGCUGUGACCUCAACCUGCUGGAGCAGUACUGUGCCAAACCCGCCAAGUCAGAAAGGGAUGUGUCGGCCACCUCUCUACAGGUCAUACCCAUGAUUCCCGCACUAAAGCAGGAAGUCCCAAGGAAGCAGCAUGUGACUGUGAAGUAUGCCAAAUACGAGGUGUGGCAGAGGAAGGCGGCCCAGCGGCUCCGGAGGGGCGUCCCUGCCAUCCUGAGGGCCAAAAAGUUUCGAAAGCAGGCAGAGAAGAUUAAAGCCCAGGAGCAGGCAAUCUUCCACAGGCCUCUCAUCAGCCUUCCCAGCAAACUGCCCCCCGUUCUGCUCACCACGGACAACUUUGUCAACCACAAAUAAGCCCGCUGCCAGCCCUUUGCACAGACAAGAGUUUGAGGGUGAAAAAAAGACUAGGGGAUUAUAGCUUUGUCUCUGACGUCAUUUCUGUGGCAGUCCUCUUUGACCUCCCCUGCCCUGUCCGAGCCCACCAGUCCCUCCCCCCUGCUCUCGUUCACCAUGUCUUGAACCCCUGGCCCCUUUUUUUCUAAUGUCUCCCCACCAAAACCUCAUCCCACCCACCCUCCUCCGGCACGAACAUGCCUUCACAUUCUUCCUGUCUGAACUCUUUCGCUCCCUCUCUUUCAGUCACUGAUACAAAAGACACAAACGCAAAUGUUGAACAAAAGGUUAACAAUUCGGCUGAAUGCAAUUCAGGUGGAUACUUAAGCAAAAGAGAAAAAGGAAGGGGGAAAAGAAGAUGAAAGAGAUCUGUGGUUUGCGAGUGUCAAGAGGACACCUAGCGGAAUGUUUUUUGUCCCGACGGAAAACAAGUGAAAGUGAAGAGCAGCUUGCAUGAAAGAAUCCAUUCCACAUCAUUUUUCCUGAGGCAAAAGAAAAUCUCCUCUAGUUCUUUUUCUUAUUAGUUUGCACCUCUACCUAUAAAGGGACUUCCACACUGUAAGGAAUUAUUUUGCAAAAUUAGAUUCCUGCUCCAGCACCUUUUGAUCACAAACAAAAAGCAGAGAAAAAAAGUCUGCAAAAUUGCACAUUGCCACGGAUUACGUCAAAGUAAAGGAAAAAAAGGCACUAUUUUUUUUAUGAACAAUGAACGUGUAGCUUAAAAAAAUGUCAUGGUGCUAGCUUUGGGAAUGGACUCAAAGAAGAGAUUGAAAAGCACGUUUUUUUUUUUCUUUGAAUGAAUAUUAAACUUUCCGUUUUAAGGAAAGUGUGACUUUUAAAAAAGGAAAAUAAAGGAUAUGGGGGAGCUCCUGGCAGUGGCACUGUCAAGGGGAAGAGUCAAUGAGGAAAAUUAUGGGCUGUGUUGGCACCUAGGCUCAUGGCGAGUACAAACAGCUGGUCAUUACUUGUUUGCCAGCAUAAGCAGUGAGGGGCGGGGGAAGGGACCUGAAGCCUAGUCCCUGUUCCUCCUGUCCCUCUGAGGCUGACGGACACACAGCAAAGAGGGGACACAUAUGGGACACUAUGGACCGCCUGGAUUGGGACAGUACUAUGGUUGUGGGACAGUACUUCCUGUUUGCCAUGGCUUUGCAGACUGCUCUAACAGGAAGUAACAUGGCAUGGACAAAGAACGAGUGGGAUGAUGAUUAUAUUUUAUUUUGUCUUUUUUCAUAUAAAUAUUUCAAUGAACAAAAAGGAAAACCCUGUCAGUUUCUGGUACCGUGACAUUCCUGUUUUUUCAAGUUAGAAACUUUUUGUUUUUCAUUUUCAUGGUUAUUGUUAAGAUGUUAUUUUGCAGUUUUCAAGAAAAGGCACAAAAUUUCAAUUCAAAGGGAAAAAAAAUCAGCAAUAAUGUCAACUAACAUUUUAUUUUCAUUUAUAUCAGUAGUAAUCACAUGCUUUUGCCUGAAAUCAAAUACUUGAAAAAAAGACAAAACACAGUAUACACA